CAAUGACUGUCAGCGCCCUCCCCUAAUGGGCGUGGCUUCCGCAGUAGUCACCAUUGCUGCGCUGGGAGCCGGAGUGGGGUGAGAGCGGUAGAGUGCCCUAACAGCGAGUGAGACAGCGCGUGGGGCGGGCCCUUACCUGCCCCUUACAAUAAAACUCGCUGAGAGGAUGUCUCCCGGGCUGGGAGCUGGGCUACAACAGAGAGGGGAGUCCUUAUUCGCACCAGUUCUCUCUGUUUACAUCUGGGUUCCACGUCGGCUCUGACAGCAGCCAGUCAGCGUAAUGGCAGGAGUGGCCAAUAAAAAGUCCAUAAUACUCGGGGUCCUGGGGGUGCUGCUAGUGGCUGUUGGUACUGUCCUGGUCUUCCUGGUACCGAUAAUAAUGGAACAACAAGUAGAGAAGAAUGUCCGCAUAGAUCCUACCAGUGGGUUUGCGUAUGAGAUGUGGAGAGACCUACCUGUUCCAUUCUAUAUGUCGGUCUACAUUUUUGAAGUUGUUAAUCAUAAGGAAAUGCUAUUGGGAGAGAAGCCACGAUUAGAAGAACGUGGUCCUUAUGUGUACAGGGAGAACAAGCAAAAGCAAAACCUAACCUUUCAUGAAAAUGGAACCGUCUCAUUUGUGGAGAUUCGUACCUUCCAUUUUGCUCCUGAGAAGUCUAACGGGAAAGAGGAGGAUUAUGUUAUAGUGCCAAACAUUCUGGUUUUGGGCUCAUCCAUCAUGUUGCAGGAUUUGGGAAUAGCAAUUAAAUGGAUCAUCAGUGGAGGAUUUAGUGCUUUUAAUGAGGAGGCCUUUAUUAAUCGAACCGUGAAGGAUAUUUUGUGGGGCUACGAAGAUCCAUUCUUGGAUUUCCUAAACACAUUUCUACCUGGAAGACUUCCCUUCAAGGGAAAAUUUGGCUUUUUUUCAGAUUUUAAUAACUCUAAUACAGGAAUAUUUACAGUCAAUACUGGGAUGGAUGAUAUCAGCAAAGUUCAAAUGGUAGACAACUGGAAUGGGCUCAAAGAGGUUGAUUAUUGGAAUUCAAAUCAAGCAAAUAUGAUCAAUGGAACUGCAGGUCAAAUGUGGCCUCCUUUCAGGAAACCCUCAGAACCUCUAGAAUUUUACAGUCCAGAUGCUUGCCGGUCAAUGAAACUGGUAUAUGAAAAGGAAGCAGAAUUCAGGGGUGUACCAACGUUUCGAUACACUGCUCCCAAUUACCUGUUUGCCAAUGGAACAGACUACCCACCCAAUGAGGGAUUCUGCCCCUGUGUGGCUUCUGGAGUACAGAACGUCAGCGCUUGUCGAUUCAAUGCCCCAUUGUUUCUAUCAUUCCCUCAUUUCUUCAAUGCAGAUCCUUCCUUUUUGGAGUCUGUUGAUGGGUUGCACCCAACUGAAGAGCUGCAUUCCCUUUUUCUAGACCUGCAUCCACUGACAGGCAUCCCAAUGAACUGUUCCAUUAAAAUGCAACUCAACAUGAUGGCCAAAUCAGUGUCUGGAAUUAUGCAAACUGGACAGAUAAAACCUGUGAUUCUCCCAGUGCUGUGGUUUGCAGAGAGUGGGUACCUUGAUGGUCCAGUGUACAACACUUACUACAACAUCCUGAUCCUCCUGCCCACACUACUUGAUUACCUACAAUAUGUGCUCAUAGGCAUUGGCCUCUGUUUUAUUACAGUUGCACUGGUUCUCCCCUUUAUUAAACAGGACAAAUGCUUCUUAUUUUGGAGUAGUAAUAAAAAUGUUGAUGAAAGUCAGGAAUUUAAAGCCCAAAAAGAAAAGUUGAAUGCUCCAAACGGAAUUGUACUACUGGAGGCCAGAUUAUAGGUGCGUACAAGUGUCGAAAGCAAGAGCAAGCCCUUAAUGACACAAGUGGAACUGAUGAUGCAACUGAAUAUUCUGAGAAUUCAAAGCUUCUAGAGGAUCAGGAUUACGGAACACCUCAAACUUGAUAUUUCACUGUUCUCUAAACUUUUCCUGAGGAUUGACACCCUACAGGGAUUGUUUAUGAGUUUAUCUAAACACUACAAAGCUAUCUUGUGAGUUACAGAUCGCUGGGAUAGCGUUCAUGGAAACUUCGGCUCCAUCAUCUUGGAAGGAACAGCUUGAGCUUUGUCGGCUAACCUCCAUCUUUGUGCCUUGUGGACUAAGUGGGCUAAGGAAAGCAUGAAGAAAGUGAUAGCAUAUAAUAUAAUGUUAUGGUAAUGGUAUCAUUAUAGCGAUCUACUUAAUUAUGAAUCAUAUAAUCACUAAACAAUUCAUAAAUUGAAGCAGUUUUCUAUCAGGAUUCAGUUGAUUGUUACAUUUGUGUCAUUGGUGUAUUAGCUGCCAGUCUAAUUCUAAAAAAUAAUAUCGGACUCUUAGAUAUAGUAGCACUUCAAAUCUAGUUUUUCCACAAAGCAAAUAAUUUAAUUUACACAAAUGAGUGAAAGUCCUAAGCAUUUGACUCCAGCGAAGGUGCAGGAUAGUAGGUAGAUGACCACAAUGGAUAAGACAAUUGGGCUGCCACCUGCUUGUAUCUACCUAUUAUCAUAAAUGUAUAGCUGCCUUAUUAAGUUGCAAAACAGCCUUUUAAUAAGCUCAUUGUGUCCGUUUAAAUGUAUGUAUGAUGGGUAGCAAUCCAGUGUGACACUGUUAUGGUAUGUCCUUGCUUGUUCUAUGUAGCAUGGAAAGUGCCCGCAGCACUAAUUGUUAUGUUUAUGGGUUAAAUAGCCCAUGUUUGUCUGUCUAAGGUGAGGGCACACACUGCUAUAUUGGGCGAUUAGUCGCCCAGCAACAAAUCGCUUCUUCUUCGGCGACUAAUCUCCCCGAACUGCCUUCCCGCUGGCUAGAAUCUAAAUUGCCGGCGGGAUGGCACACGGAGCGCU